UUGAUCAAUCAUUCACAGUCGUUGGUCAAGGCUGCGUUGGUAGCAGUCACAACACAACAGCUGUUUUGUGUUUUGUGGCAUUUUAAUCCUAAGGACUAACUACAAAUUUUUCAGUAUGGAGACAUUUAUUAAAUUACUUCUGCCUUUAUGCACACUGCUCCUGUGUGUGAACUUUAACCCAGUUGUGAAUGCAUACAGGAAGCCAUGGACAACUGCUACUCACAGUUGGGCUGGAAUGAGGAGGGCCAGAGCUGUAAACAGACCGACACCCAUCGACUGUAAGCUGGGGACCUGGUCACCUUGGACACCCUGUAACUCCUGCACAGACCAAAAGUUCCGUUUUCGAUACAUGGAGAAGCCCUCACAGUUUGGUGGCACAGAGUGCAUUGAUACACUGUGGGAUAAACUGGCCUGUCCAACAGUAACAACACAGUGUAUGGUGCCAGAUUACUGUGGCGAGAGCUUCACCUGCAAAGAAACAGGGCGCUGCAUCAGCCAGUCCCUUCGCUGUAAUGGAGAGUCAGACUGUGAAGAUUUUUCUGACGAAGAGGACUGUGAGGACGUGAAUCGGAGAGACGACAAGUGUUCCACCUUACUGACGAUCCCUGGGGCUGAACGCGGCACUCGGGGCUACAACAUCUUGAUUGGAGACUUUGUGGAUCACGUACUUGACCCAAAUUAUUUUGGAGGAAAAUGUGAAUAUGUCUAUAAUGGUGAAUGGAGGAAAUUCAUCUAUGAAGCAUUCUGUGAGAACCUGCACUACAAUGAAGAUGAAAAGAACUACAGGAAGCCCCACAACUACCAUACCUACCAAUUUGUGGCUCAAGCUACAUCAGAGGGCUCUCAGGAAUUCUUUGAAGAUAUGACGAGCCUACUGAAAGCCAGGAAAACGAUGAGUUCAUCCGAGGGCGGUUUCACAGUUGGGGUCUAUUAUGUAGAAGUGGGACUGAGUGGAAGUUCGGAAUCAGAGUUUCUCAAGAACAUAAGUCAACAUAAAAGCCAGGAUCUAGGGUUUGUCAGGCUUUGGUCCAAAGUGGAAACAGCCCGCUUCAAGAUGAGAGAUAAUGAUUUGAUGCUUCAUGAAGAUUUCUAUGUUUCGCUAAUGGAGCUGCCGGAGCAGUAUGAUUUUGGGAUGUACUCCCGCUUUUUCAACACAUUUGGCACCCACUAUGUCACAGAGGGAACAAUGGGAGGAACCCUCGAAUAUGUUGUGGUUGUCAACAAAACGACUAUGGCAGAAUCAAAUCUUGAGGCUGAACAAGCUGGUAGAUGCUUUGGUGCCUCUAUUGGUUUGAGCUAUCCAAUCUCCGCCUCUGUAUCAGUAGACUUUAAAGUGGGUGUGAACCCUUGCAGUAAAAAAGGAUCGUUUGAGAAAGUUCAGGACUCUGAUUCAGCUUUGAUUGAGGACAUUGUUACACUAGUGAAGGGGGGAGUCACACACAGCAGCGCUGGCCUGUUGGCUAUCAGGAACCCUGACACCUACAGGAACUGGGGAGCGUCCCUCCAAUACAACCCGACACUCAUCGAAUAUGAGACCAUGCCAAUUUAUGAGCUAGUGCGCCUCAGCACAGCCGCUGACCAUGUAGGUGCAAGGCUGGCCAACUUGGAGAGGGGCUGGGAUGAGUAUCAGCAGCAGUUCGACUCCUGUCGCUGCGCCCCCUGCAGAUACAGCGGCAUCCCUGUCCUAUCGGGGACUUCCUGUAAUUGCAUCUGUAAGUCAGGCUACCAGGGAAAGGCCUGCGAAGAGACUCUCAGAAGAGAUGCCAAGACAGAUGGGUCGUGGUCAUGCUGGGGGGCCUGGUCAUCCUGUGCAUCAAGCAGGAAGACUCGGACCAGAACCUGUGAUAAUCCUGCACCUGGUGGCCAGGGAAUGACCUGCAUGGGCUCGUCCUCUCAGAAUCAACGCUGUUAAAGUCACUCCAGUUCCAGGGUGAAAAUGCUGUUGAGCGCUUAAAGAGCAUAAUCAAAGUGUUUUUUAAUGAAUAAAAAGUGUUCUUCCA